AUGUCUGGCCGAAGAGUCGAUCUGAGCUGGGACAGGUUCCAGCAAGGGUACGGUGGUUAUAAGCAAGCUCCUCCUGGCUGGGAGCCUGAGACGCUUCCUACUCCCAAACACAGAGACUGCAGCUCAUUAACACAUAUCGGCUCGUUCUCCGUGCGGAACGUAAAACACUCUGGGUCGGUCUUACAUAUCUCCAGCUAUCUUGCAGCCAAGCACUCCGCUGGGCGGACCAAACAGACCAUUCUCAACUGGAGGGAUCAUCUGAUGCCCGAGUUGGCAAGCAGUCCUCUGAAGGAUCCCGUCGCGCCGCCAUUCCGGCCCCCCGGGCGGACUCAAGCCGUGCUGUUGUCCUCUUGGCAGUCAUAG